UCAACGCUAUUUACUUUCCAGUGCUCGUAUGUUUACCUUUUCAUUCAUCACGGUGUUCCCUUCGCACUUGCUUUGCGGUUGCCGAUGAUCUAAAGAGAGGUCUCGUGGGUAAGGUCACUGCAUACGGAAAGGUUAUUGGCAAAUUAAAGUACGGGAAGACAAUUUUCAAUAGCAGUACAUGUCUGAAGAUUUUGAUAAGAUAAAGGAUUUUAUUUACAGAAAAAUAGUAGACAAAUAUGGCCGAAAAAGGUCCAGCAAUUGGAAUUGAUCUUGGAACAACUAACUCAUGUGUUGGCGUUUUCCAGCACGGAAAAGUAGACAUCAUUGCCAACGACCAAGGGAACAGAACAACUCCAAGUUAUGUGGCUUUCACGGAUACUGAAAGACUUGUUGGUGAUGCAGCUCAAAAUAAAGUCGCAAUGAAUGCUUCAAAUACAAUUUUUGAUGCCAAAAGACUGAUUGGAAGAAACUUUAGUCAUUUUACAGUACAGUCAAAUAUCAAAUUUUGGCCAUUCAAAGUCAUCGAUAGUGGAGGCAAGCCAAAACUACAAGCGGAACACAAAGGAGAAACAAAAACAUUUACCUCGGAAGAAAUUAGUUCAAUGGUAUUAGUAAAAAUAAAAGAAACCGCUGAAGUUUAUCUCGGAAAGAAAGUUACAAAUGCCGUCAUCACAGUACCUGCAUACUUUAGUUUUUCUCAAAGACAAGCCACAAAGGAUGCUGGUUUUAUUGCAGGACUUAAUGUACUGCGAAUAAUAAACGAGCCAACAGCUGCUGCUUUAGCUUACGGUAUUGACAAGAAUUUAUCAGGCGAGAAAAACGUGCUAAUAUUUGAUUUGGGAGGAGGAGGGUUUAACGUUUCAAUUCUUACGAUAAAUGAAAGUUCAUUGUUCGAGGUUCGCUCUUCAUUCGGUGAUAGUCAACUUGGAGGCGAAGACUUUGACAACAGAAUGAUCAAUCAUUUUUUAAAUAAAUUUAAGAGAAAGUAUAAAAAGGACAUUUCUGGCGAUAAUGGUGCAAUCAGAAAAUUGAGAACUGCUUGUGAGAAAGCAAAGAAAACACUAUCAAGCAGUACAGAAGCAAGUGUGAAAAUUAAUUCUUUGUUUGAGGGUAUAGACUUUAACACAAAGGUUACUAGAGCACGAUUUGAAGAACUCUGCUCAGAUUUGUUCAAGGGCACACUUGAACCAAUUGAAAAAGCUUUAAGAGGCGCUAAACUUGAUAAAAGUAGUAUUCAUGAGAUUGUACUUGUGGGAGGUUCAACAAGGAUACCAAAAAUACAGAAAAUACUCUCGGAAUUUAUGAAUGGGAAAGAACUUAACAAAUCGGUCAAUCCAGAUGAAGCUGUUGCAUACGGUGCAGCCGUCCAAGCAGCUAUCCUAUCGGGCGAUCGUAGCGACACUAUCAAAGAUGUUCUUUUAAUCGACGUAGCUCCUUUCUCCCUUGGUAUUGAAACUGCAGGUGGUGUAAUGACCAAACUAAUUGACAGGAAUACGAAAAUCCCAGCAAAGACUUCACAGAUAUUUACAACGUAUUCAGACAACCAACCCGAUGUUAACAUUCAGGUCUUUGAAGGUGAAAGAGCAAUGACCAAAGACAAUUAUCGUCUUGGAAAAUUCGAUCUCGAUGGUAUACCUCCAGCUCUCCGAGGUGUGACUAAGAUUUAUGUAGAAUUUGAUUUUUUUGCAAAUGGACUUUUAACAGUUUCUGCUAAAGACAAAAGUAGUGGAAAUUCUAAGAAAAUUACAAUCACAAAUGACAGAGGAAGACUAAGUAAAAAGGAAAUUGAUCGAAUGGUUUCCGAUGCUGAGAAAUAUAGAGAAGAAGAUGAAAAACAAACCCAGCGUAUCACUUCAAGAAAUCAAUUAGAAAACUACAUAUUCAGUGUUAAACAAGCUAUAGGUGACUCUAAAGAUAAGCUGUCAACACAGGACAAAGAUGAUUUAGGCAAUGCUUGUGAAGAGUCACUUAAAUGGAUGGAUAAUAAUUCUCUGGCAGAGAAAGAGGAAUUUGAGGACAAGAUGAAAGAACUGCAGAAAGUAUGUUCGCCUGUCAUGACAAAACUUCAAAAAGAAGAUGAAAAACAAAAGCAGUGUCUCGCAGCAAGAAAUAAACUGGAACACUAUAUAUUUAGUGUUAAACAGGCUUGUGAAGAGUCACUUAGUUGGCUGGAUAAUAAUUCCCUGGCAGAGAAAGAAGAAUAUGAGGACAAAAUGAAAGAAUUGCAGAAAGUUUGUACCCCUGUCGUGACAAAACUUCACGGUGGUGCUCAAAAUGGACCAUAAAUUAGUACAUGAGGUUAAUAUGACAGUGAAAGCAUGUCACAUGAACCUACUGUCAGUUGGAAAUCUAGUGAGAAAGUAUUGCCUCCCAUGUAAACACCGAAAACUAGAUCAUUUCAAUGUUUGUACCGUUUUAGCAAGGACGCUAUCAGUUUUUGUAUUCACGGGAAAAAUAGAAAUAAGUUGAAAUAAAAACAAAUCAAUUCCGUUCAAUGUUAUCAUUUCCUCCUUAAAUAGCAAACGACGAGUACAGCUGGCUAUAGAACUUGUUGUUAAAUUGGUUUAAAAUUUUGCUAUCCGAAUAAAUUUCUGGAACAUGCUAAUUAUCCGUAUAUAUAUGCAGCUAGAUCAGAGAAGUUCAAGGAAAAUAAUCCAAAGGAAUCGAUAAUAUGCAGCAAAGAUUAACACUUUUGAAUUUAAGUUACUAAGCAAAUUCAAACGAACCUUAUCCCGAUGUAAGCAUUGACUGUGAAUAGAUCGAGAAGACCGCAAAUACAUGUACAAAAAUACGACUUUUUCCUAAAAUUGUAUAAAUAUUAGUACAAAGAUACCUACUUUAUAAAAAUAUUUAUCUUUAUUUUUUGAAUCUGCACAGACAGACUUUAAAAUUGUUACAUUCACGAAAAGACAAUAUUUUGUAUCGAAUGUUCACGUGACAAGAGCAGACCGGUGUACUCGAAAACUUAGUUGUGAAAAAUAAAUAUAUUCUGGGAAAUUGUAACAUGCUAAGGACUUUGUGGAACACCCUGAAAGUUGGUGACCCCAAAGAUCUUUAGAUUUUGUAUGUACAAGAUUUUUCCAAUUUUUUCAUCAAAAUGCAGCAAAGAUAACAUUUUUUAUAUUUCAGUUUUACAGCUUCUAAUGCAGUUAUCUCGAUAAAUACUGGACAUAAAACACUGUGUAUUUGCAUGUUUAUUUCUAACACAGUUUAACAAAUAAUUUCUUUAAAAUGUACAAUUGUUGUUUAGAAAUAAUUUUUGAUUAGUAUCGUCACCGGCAUUGUUUUAUUAUUGAUUUUCUCGACUUGUUCAUAAGAAGAGUGAAGUUCUAUUGUCUUCGUUCACUAGAUUUCCCACUGCUGUGGAAAAGUUAAUUAAGAAAUAUUUGUGAAUUAAAAAAUGCACUUUGUAAGUUUACAAUAAGUCAGUUUUCGAUAUAUCUAUACCCCCGCUUCGAAAGGGGUUAUACUGAUUAACGUCAAUCCGUUCUUCCGUCCAUGUUUCGUCGGUCCUUCCGUCCGUCCCAUGAAAUGUUUGUCACACUUUUCUCCUAAGGAAUAGGAAAUCAGAGCAUCCAGAAAUUUGGUAGUAAGCUUCCUUUGAGAUAACUUUACCAUGUGAAGUCUUUUACAUUCUUCUCUAACAGCUUCUCGCUACCGAAUGUUUUGAGUUCUAAUGUAUUCUUACACAUAAUGGCCAUGUAUGAUAUUUAGUCACCUUUUUCUCAGUAACUACUAACAAUAGCUUCCUAAUAUUUGGUAUCCAGCUUCAUGUGUGCAUGCACGCUAUAUACCGCAUAAUGCGUUUUCACAUUCAUUACCCAUAAACUUACUGUUUACCGAAUACCUAUAUUUCUCCAGGUCACAGUGGCUUCCAAAAAGACUUAAUGUUUUGUCAAUGACAUUGUUUAUAAUUAUGUUACUUUGUUUAAAUGUGAAUGCAUGUUUUUGUUUCAAUGUACUUUAAUCACCCUAAUCAUUCUAAUCAUUUAUUGUGUUUUAUUUUGUAAUUCAUGUGAUUGUAUAGCUCAAAUUUUGGGCACCAUAAUUGGUUAAUAAAAUAUCUUGUAUCUUGUAUCUUGCAAA